AUGGACGAGGUGUCGGACGAGUCGCCGUGGCUACCUGCGAUCCUUGCCAUUGACUUUGGCCACCGAUUGAUACAGGAUGGCACGCUUUCACUCUUCCUCGUCUGCCUCAUCUUCUCGUGCUACUUCCUGUUUGGGAGCUGGCUGGAUCUUGCCCUCGUUUCAGUAGCCGUGGGGCUCAAGUCUGUCGGCUCUCUCGCCUCUUGGAUUCAUGAUUCGGCCUCCGCCCACGUCUCGCUGGCCUCUGCCUCUGCACUUCUAGCCGCCUGGCUCAUCUUCAAUACUGUGCGGUCAAGCUUCACUUCUCGAGAUGACAUCCCCUGGAAUGGUCCGGAAAUGCCCUACCUGAUACCCUGCCGAACUAUGCAUAGUCGACAAGUCCCCAAAAAGCAUUCCUUUUCAUAUUCCUACUUGGUCGUGGGCACUCCCGUGGGCUACAGCGGAAACGUGAAUGGCAUCGUCUCAGUCGACGUCCAGGAGCAGGCGCGCUCUCGGCAACCUGGCGCCCGGAUUCCAAAGGGCUGGUUCGACGUGGACGCGGCGGAUUGCCUACAGAGGGGCUAUGGUGAAGUCGGGCUGCGUGGGAAGUUGGACGGCUACCUCAAGUCACAGGAUAUCGAUCCUUCAGACUACCCGCACGCCUAUCUCAUCACAGUUCCCAGGUUUCUUGGAUAUCACUUCAACCCAGUCGCCUUCUGGUACCUCUACUCCUCCGACAAGGUGCUCUCUGCCAUUGUGCUCGAUGUCAACAACACGUUUGAUGAACGACGGACCUAUCUCGUGCUUCGCGCAUUUCCAAGGCAAGCCGACACGGCUUCGGCCUCCAAUGGCGCGGCGCAGUCGCGGAUUACAGCCUCGUGGCCAAAAGACUUUCACGUAUCGCCUUUCAACUCUCGCAAGGGGACUUACUCUCUCCUCGCCAGCGAUCCGCUCGGGCCUGACAUGAAAGGCUUCCACGGGCUGGACGUAACCAUCAACCUAGCAUCAUCAGCAGGCCAUCCGAAAUUCUUUGCUCGUCUCUUCUCCGAGGGUGAGGCUGUCGACCCGUCGCGGAUGAGUGCCAUGCAAACACUCAGGUUUCUCCUUGGCUGGUGCUGGGUCGGAUUCGCCACGUUUCCCAGGAUCAUCAGACAGGCUGCAGCCUUGUUUCUCAAGCAUAAACUUCAUGUCUGGUACCGUCCAGAGCCUCUCAAGACAACUCAAGGCCGACAUGCGGACCGGGUCGAAAAGGACUUGGAGCAUGUGUUUCGAAGGUACCUGCGGCACCUCGUCCAGCAAUCUCCAAAGGCCCUCUCGGUGCGAUAUCUCUCGAGCGGCAUCCCCUCCCUCGACUCCGAGGUCUUCAAGUCGUCAGCGGCAGCGGAUCAGCCCGGGGCGGCCGAGCAGUUCGAAAUCAGAAUUCUGACGCCAGUGUUCUACUCCCGUUUUGCUCAAUAUGCCCACGAUUUCGAAGGCAUCUUCAGUGAGCUGACGGAAAAUGGGACUGUGUGGGUGGACAAGCCGCACUUGCUGCCCGGAAUAUUCCUCAAGAAGGCAUCGUCUCCAUUACAAACGUCCAGCCUUACGGACUUUGCCGGCUUCAAAGCGAUACAAAGACUCCGUCGAAGGCCGGAAAAGAUUCCGCAAGCACCAACGACCUCGGCGGAUCCCCUGCGGCCGACGAGCCGCGCAAUCGAUAUUCGAGACUUUCGCAUCUCCUCCAUGGAUGCCUACGUGCUGGGGCAGGAUGACGGGAGCUUAAUUGCAACCUACCGGGCGGCGGUGCUUCGAGUAUUGAUAGCAGACCGCUUUCUCAUGGGCCAGACGGGCCUCGUCAAGACGGUCGAGUUUCUUGGGCACGCAGGCCUCGCAUGGACUUUGGUGUCUCUGAUGAUGCGCAAGAUGCGGUGA